AUGGCAUUCCUUAAGAAGCUCACUCUUUUCGCCGCCUUCGCCUCCCUGGCCGCGGCUCUUCCCCACGGCGUUCGUCCCACGGCCACCGUGACCCUCACCCCAGUCAUUGCUACCACCACUACGGCUACUUCUACCUCUACUACCGCCACUGCUGCCGCCACCAGCACCAGCACCGGUACUAGCACCAGCUCCAGCUCCAGCAGCACCAGCAGCGGUAUCAACAUCAUCAACAACCUCAACCAAACCGUCUACCUGUGGUCCACCUCCGACACCAGCAGCGACAUGCAGACCCUGACUUCCGGCGGCGGCACCUACACCGAGCAGUGGCGCACCAACUCCGACGGCGGCGGUAUCUCCAUCAAGAUGUCCACUACUACCAGCGAGAGCAGCGUCCUGCAGUUCGAGUACACCGAGAGCGACGGUACUCUCUGGUGGGAUCUGUCCUCUAUCAACCUCGACUCGGACUCGGAGUUCAUUUCGUCCGGCUUUGCUGUUAGCACUGACGACUCGAGCUGCUCUAAUGCGUCGUGCGCGGCCGGUGAUACUGAUUGCUCGGAUUCGUAUCAGCAACCUGAUGACGUGGAUACUCGUAGCUGCUCGUCGUCUGCCGCGUUCACUAUGACCAUUGGUUAA